AACAUUUCUUUGAAUUAAUACAGAAUAGGGUAAGAUAUCUGCAAAGAUAUACUUCUUUGCAUGUAAAUUAAUUCCAUCACAAGAACUAAACUCUAAAUGUAUUAAAGAUAAAACAAAUGUAUUUUUAAAUAAUUUAAUGCAUUAUGGGUUGGCUGCAGUGUUUGGGAGGUUUCACAUUGAUUUUAACUCAAAAUUGCUCUACCAUUAAGCAAGAAUUGGAUAUUGAACUGGUAUGUUUUGUUUACCAGUAAAGAUAAAAUAUAUAGUUAAGAUGCACAAAACAGUAUAAUUUUGUUUGAAGGCCAUUUUAGUUUUACAAAUUUCAAUGAAAUUUAAAAAAUAUAAUUGUAUGUCCAGAAAUUUAUUAGUUGUUGCCAUAUUCCAAAAAAUAUGAAUUUACAAUUUACAAUUCAACACUUCAAAAGUAUGUAAUCUGGCAGUCACCUUUUUAAAAUGCAUUAUGAAAAUUCUCAUUUUUGUUUUUAGUGUAUGUUUUCUCCCAAUGUAAUGUUUUUAGUAGAUUCUCAUUACUGUAUAUAUCUCAAUUAGCUUUUAAAACAUUUGAACUUAUUUUUAUAUGCCUGCAUUGUAUCUGUUACCAUUUUCUAAUAGAUUUCUGGCCAUUAAAAUUGAAAUAGCAAAAUCAACCAUGCUACCUUUUCUUUUUCUUUAUGGAACAUAUGGAAUGCUUUUAAAGCUUAAACCAUUAUUUUUUGAUGACUGACUGGAAGAACUUGGGUUCCUUCAUUUUCUAGCAUUGUAACAGUGCAUUUUCCACAUCAUCACAUUAUAUUGCUAAAUUCUUGGUAAAUAUCCAUUUUGUACCUGUACCAUUUUAUUUUUUUAUUUUUUUGUACCUGUACCAUUUAAUAUAAGCCAUUAAUUCGCCUUGUAACUGUGAUUGUCACUUAAAUAACCUUACAAAAUUUUUAUUUCAAGCUAAACUUAUAAUUACACUUUUUGCUUAAAAUUAAUAUUGGACUUAACAGGGACGGGUAAGGGGUAGGGCGACAGUUGAAGAUUUUGCAGCUCAAAACUGCUCAGUAUCCAGCUAAUUAAUCUAUUCAGAUAGGCCUAAUCUGUUUUCUAUUUGUAUGUGAGGUGGGAGCUCUCAUCUUUCUGUCCCUUUUAAAUGACCUCACAUUUCCAAGAGUAAAUUUGGAGAAAAGAGCCAGUUCAGAGGAGUCGUCAAUCAAAACUGGACUCCCCCGUCUUAAGGUGUAGUCUUGUGGUGAUUACAAGAGCUUGGGUUUCUUCAUCCCCUUACCGUAGUACAAAUGCAUCUUCCAGAUCAUCACAUUAUACUGCUAAUGCCUGAUAAGCCACCAUUUGUACUCCCUACACAGCAAGCAGAGGGUAACCCUGGUGUUUUCUCAUGCAACCCUGAGGCAGGCUUUUGACCUUCAGUCUGUGAUGCACCUUCGUUUGUCACUGGGGCCAAGGGAGUGCACAAAUGGGCGGCAGAUCUAGUAGCACAUCCAUCGGGUGAACUUUGGGAAGAGUCCAGGCAGUGAAUUUAAUGGGUGGAGUGGCUGCGGCGGCACUGGGAAGUUAGCGCGGCCAACUGCAGGAAGCCAUGCUUCAUUACACCCUUCACGGGAGCUGGCACACUCGGCCGACUCUUGUUACUCACGGGCCAGUUCUAGAGGAGAAGGCCUUCAGAUGGUCUCUAGCGACCGGCCCGUGUCACUGGAGGACGAGGUCUCCCAUAGUAUGAAGGAGAUGAUUGGAGGCUGUUGCGUUUGCUCAGACGAGAGAGGCUGGGCCGAGAACCCGCUGGUUUAUUGCGACGGGCACGGCUGCAGCGUCGCGGUGCAUCAAGCGUGCUAUGGCAUUGUUCAAGUACCUACUGGACCAUGGUUUUGCAGGAAAUGUGAAUCUCAGGAGAGAGCAGCCAGAGUGAGAUGUGAACUUUGUCCCCAUAAGGAUGGAGCUUUAAAAAGAACAGAUAAUGGGGGUUGGGCUCAUGUGGUUUGUGCCCUAUAUAUUCCAGAGGUACAGUUUGCCAAUGUUUCUACAAUGGAACCUAUUGUUUUACAGUCUGUCCCACAUGAUCGUUAUAAUAAGACUUGCUACAUUUGUGAUGAACAAGGAAGAGAAAGCAAAGCAGCCACUGGUGCAUGCAUGACAUGUAAUAAACAUGGAUGUAGACAGGCUUUCCAUGUAACAUGUGCUCAGUUUGCUGGACUACUCUGUGAAGAAGAAGGUAAUGGGGCAGAUAACGUCCAGUACUGUGGCUACUGUAAAUACCAUUUUAGUAAGCUGAAAAAGAGCAAACGGGGAUCUAAUAGGUCAUAUGAUCAAAGUUUAAGUGAUUCUUCCUCUCACUCUCAGGAUAAACAUCAUGAGAAAGAGAAAAAAAAAUAUAAGGAAAAGGACAAACACAAACAAAAACACAAGAAGCAACCAGAACCGUCCCCUGCAUUGGUUCCAUCCUUGACUGUUACUACAGAAAAAACUUACACAAGCACUAGCAACAACUCUAUAUCUGGAUCACUGAAGCGCUUGGAAGAUACUACAGCACGAUUUACAAAUGCAAAUUUCCAGGAAGUCUCUGCACACACCUCUAGUGGAAAAGAUGUUUCAGAGACUAGAGGGUCAGAGGGCAAAGGGAAGAAAUCUUCAGCUCACAGCUCAGGUCAAAGGGGAAGAAAGCCUGGUGGUGGAAGAAAUCCGGGAACAACUGUGUCAGCAGCUAGCCCCUUUCCACAAGGCAGUUUUUCAGGAACCCCAGGCAGUGUAAAAUCAUCUUCUGGAAGUUCAGUGCAGUCUCCCCAGGAUUUCUUGAGCUUUACAGACUCAGAUCUGCGUAAUGACAGUUAUGCUCACUCCCAGCAGUCAUCAUCAACCAAAGAUGUACAUAAAGGAGAGUCUGGAAGCCAGGAAGGUGGGGUAAAUAGUUUUAGUUCCUUAAUUGGUCUCCCUUCGACCUCAGCUGUUACUUCACAGCCUAAAAGCUUUGAAAGUUCACCUGGAGAUUUGGGUAAUUCCAGCCUUCCUACAGCAGGAUAUAAGCGGGCUCAAACUUCUGGCAUAGAAGAAGAAACUGUAAAGGAAAAGAAAAGGAAAGGAAAUAAACAAAGUAAGCAUGGGCCUGGUAGACCCAAAGGAAACAAAAGUCAAGAGAAUGUUUCUCAUCUCUCAGUUUCUUCUGCUUCACCAACAUCAUCUGUAGCAUCAGCUGCAGGAAGCGUAACAAGCUCUAGUCUUCAGAAAUCUCCUACAUUACUCAGGAAUGGAAGUUUACAAAGUCUUAGUGUUGGCUCAUCUCCAGUUGGUUCAGAAAUUUCCAUGCAGUAUCGGCAUGAUGGAGCUUGUCCAACAACCACGUUCUCAGAGUUGCUGAAUGCAAUACACAAUGAGUUGAUCAAGAGGGCUGACUCAAGCCAGUAUCUCAGAAACGAAGGUAUUUAUAACAGCAAUGAUGUAGCAGUGUCAUUUCCAAAUGUAGUGUCUGGCUCAGGAUCCAGCACUCCUGUCUCCAGUUCCCAUGUACCUCCGCAGUCUUCUGGGCAUUUGCAGCAAGUGGGAUCUCUCUCUCCCUCAGCCACGGUGUCCAUAGCCCCUGCUGUUGCCACAACUCAGGCAAAUACCCUAUCUGGAUCUUCUCUUAGUCAGGCACCAUCUCAUAUGUAUGGCAAUAGAUUAAAUCCAAAUUCAUCAAUGGCAGCUCUUAUAGCUCAGUCUGAGAACAAUCAGACAGAUCAAGAUCUUGGAGACAAUGGCCGUAGCCUAGUUGGCCGAGGAAGCUCACCCAGAGGAAGCCUCUCACCACGAUCCCCUGUAAGCAGCUUACAGAUUCGGUAUGAUCAACCGGGCAACAGCAGUUUGGAAAAUCUGCCUCCAGUAGCAGCUAGCAUAGAACAGCUUUUGGAGAGGCAGUGGAGUGAAGGACAACAAUUUUUAUUAGAACAGGGUACUCCUAGUGACAUUUUAGGAAUGCUGAAGUCAUUACACCAACUUCAAGUUGAAAACCGAAGAUUAGAGGAACAAAUUAAAAAUUUGACUGCCAAAAAGGAACGUCUUCAGUUAUUGAAUGCACAGCUUUCAGUGCCUUUUCCAACAAUAACGACAAAUCCUAGUCCGUCUCAUCAAAUACAUGCAUUUUCUGCACAGACUGCUCCUACUACUGAUUCCUUGAAUAGCAGUAAGAGCCCUCAUAUAGGAAACAGCUUUUUACCUGAUAAUUCUCUUCCUGUAUUAAAUCAGGACUUAACCUCCAGUGGACAAAGCACCAGCAGUUCUUCGGCUCUUUCUACUCCACCUCCUACUGGGCAGAGUCCAGCUCAACAAGGCUCAGGAGUUGGUGGAGUUCAGCAGGUCAACGGAGUGGCAGUGGGGGCACUGGCUAGUGGAAUGCAGACUGUAACAUCCACCAUUCCUGCUGUGUCUGCAGUGGGUGGAAUAAUUGGAGCUUUGCCAGGUAACCAACUGGCAAUUAAUGGCAUUGUGGGAGCUUUAAAUGGGGUUAUGCAGACCCCUGUCACAAUAUCCCAGAACCCUACCCCUCUCACCCACACUACUGUGCCACCAAAUGCAACACAUCCAAUGCCAGCCACACUGGCUAACAGUGCCUCAGGACUAGGAUUACUUUCUGACCAACAAAGACAAAUACUUAUUCAUCAACAGCAAUUUCAGCAGUUGUUAAAUUCUCAGCAGCUCACACCAGAACAGCAUCAAGCCUUCCUGUACCAGCUGAUGCAGCAGCACCACCAGCAGCACCACCAGCCCGAGCUGCCCCAGCUGCAGCUCCCUGGCCCGGCGCAGAUCCCCAUAAACAACCUUCUCGCAGGUGCACAGGCACCUCCACUUCACACGGCCACCAACCCCUUUCUCCCCAUCCAUGCAGAUGGCACAAGUCAGAAGAGACUUAGUGAUAAAACUGGGCCUGUAGCUCAAGAGAAAAGUUGACACUUGAGAAACGUCUAGAAAUUGCCUAUCCUGCUGUUGUAGCACUUCGUCUGGCUGCUGUUGCAGUCCUAUCACUACAGCUAUGAAGAAAUGCAACAAGAAACUCACUGCACAACAAAGGAGUCUUUGCCACAAGGACGUUCUUGUAAGGCUUUAAUUUUCUUGUUGCUUUGUUGCACUGAAUUGGAAUCCCUAUAUUCCCUACCCCUCACCCCAAUUUUUUUUAACUUGGAAAGAAAAUUUAAUAACUAACUUCUGUCAAUGAAAUAAUUUACAUGCAAUUAGUUUAUCAACCCAAGAAAAAUUUAAUAUAGUUGGUGCACAACUAGUUUUAUUAUAAAUUGGAGAUACGAAUCGCAAAACAAAAAACUUGGUCCAUUUACAAGCUACUUGAUUAUAUCGUACAAGUUGAAACAUGAAAUUUGGCCUUUUGUUUAGGUUAUGGUAAGUUUGCUCUGUGAAUCAGAUCUUAAAAACAAAUUUCACAGAACUGUCCAAUUUCUUCUCCUGGAGUUUUAUUGAUUUAAUAUUGCAAAUAUACAGGUCAUCAACUGGGACUUGGCAAUCUUUGUUUAAAAAAUUUCCUUUCUAAUGCGAUUUGGCCAAUCUUGGUAAUCAAGUUAGGAUGGUAAUAUCGGCUUCUGCUAAAUUAUCAAAUUUUCUUUUGAGAAUUGCUUUUUCGUUAGUAUUAAGACCUAUUCAUAUUUUAAAGAAACCUUGAGUUAAGUGAGUUCUAAGGCUGCUGGGGGAACCAGAUCAAUUCAAAGCAAAAGACUUCUUUCAGAAAGAGGGGCCACUCUGGAAACCGCGGGUAGGGUUUGGCCUAGUUUAAGUGCCUGUUUGUUCCUCCGUUGUGUUGAGGCUGCGCGAGACAGCAGAGCGCACAGUCAGCGCUUCGUGAGCAGCAGGAACCCCCACAUGGCAGCCUUUCCCAUGCUUCCGCCUUUAUUCAAAACUUUCUGUGCCACUGUAGAUAGCUCAGGCAAAACUGUUACCUGGGUAUUUGUCCACUAAUGAGUCACAAGAAAGGAAUGGAUUUGGUGAAAAAAAUGUAUUUGUUUCAUUUAAACAAACAGCUUCUCGUUACUGACCAUUAAGACAAAAUUAAAAAUCCACUGCUACAGACCCCAGAGUAGGUGAAACUCCCGUCACAGCCCUUCCACUUUGGGGAGCCACACUCUUGAUGUGACAACAUGGCAGAGAAUACAUUAAACAACUGGGGGACGUGAUCAUUGAACUGUUCUUAAAUACGUGAAUUAUUAGUGGAAAAGACCCAGCUGUAAUUAGACCUCCACUGUGUACUUAGCUGGAAGAACAUGUUAAUUCUGCAAUAUGUCUCUUGGUUAAACAUUGCACAGUUCUUACCUCAUUUCUGUAAAUAAAGUUUUGUGAAUCUGUUUUGUAUUGUGAAAAAUUCAUAAGAUAACAUUGAUAUUUUGAUUUGUAAUAUUUCUAAUUGGUAGAUUUAACUGAAAAAUAAAAUUAAUUUAUUUUUAUAUGUUCAGGGGAAUUUUAAAGAAAGUCAAAUCUUUUGUAGAUAAUUUAAAAACAUCAGUGUGGUUUAUUUUACUUAUUUAACCCACUGGUUGUUAUUCUGUAACAAUUUGUAUAAAAGGUAAAUUUUGAAUGUGUUGUUAUUUUACCUAGAUGUAAAAUUCCACAUGUAUUAAAAGAAAAUGUACAAAGUUUUUGUUAAUAAAAUUUAAUAAUGUUUAUAA